AUGUCUGACCUUGAGGAAUACUUAGAUGCCGCUGCUUUUGAGAAGGGCCUCAAGGCGGUUGAUGAGGAGCUAAAUAAAUAUGCAAUGGUAGUCGCAUUCGCUCCCAUAAAGUUGAUGGCCGCUGGCGGGUUCCUUGCGGUCAAUUAUCUCAGGAAUCGAGGAGCGACAGGAGACAUAGAUUAUCUGCUUGACCCGGAAUGGGAAGUAGACGAUGAUAUCAAGAUACCCUUGAGGCAAGCAAUAGCGACAGUUUCGAGCAAACUCCACUACAAUGAACAAUGGGCUAAUGAGGACAUCGCGACAUUUAUCACCAAGGAGGCAAAAGCGCGGUUGUUUCGUGGCGCAGUAGAACAAAAUAUUAUUCUAUUCAAAGGCUCCAACCUUAUGGUCCUGGCAGCGCCGAUUGAAUGGGCUUUAGAACGCAAACUUAGAAGAAUCUACGCUGCACAGCGAGACCGGAAAGCGGAGUUUGACAUGAGUGAUGCGCUGGCUUUGCUCAAGUAUAUGCGAGAUCGAAACGGAGGCCCGCUCGACCGAGGGUAUAUCAGCACCUUGAACGUGAAUAAGUUUGAUGUCAUGCCUGAUGCAUCAACAAUGGAGCGAAUUAGGGCCGCUUACCGUGAAAAGUACGGCGAAAAUUCCUCCACCUCGAAACCAGCAACAGGGAUCGGUAGGCCUUCGGUUCUUAGCCGUGAAGCACCGACCGAGGAAUCUACUACUUCUUCAGGACCUAAACAAUGCACUAGCAAUAAAGAUCAGGAGCAGCCUCAGGCGGGUGUUGCUACAUCAUUCCGACCGUUCUUUGCUCUAGUUGAAGACACGAGCUCAUCGAGAUUUUAUCACCCAACCGUUCGUUAUAUAUUCUCUGACGAUGACACCGAUGUAAUUACUGAAGCAGCUAUGCGGUCCUUGAACCAGCAGCAGACGCAGCAUGAUCCAUCAAAAGAAACACGACGCGGAAAGGGAAAGAAACCAGAUGUGGAAGAAAAUGAGCCGGACCCCUCAACUCUUCAUCACCUGUACGCUAGGAAACUCCCUCUACCAACCCCCGGUACAAAGCAGCACUUUAUAAUUCUCGACAUCGAGCCCACAGGGGCUUCUCAAGGCGCCCUCCGCACGGAAAGCCCCCUACCCAUAAACCCCUCCUCGGAUCCCAUUUCGCAUCUUAGCUCCCAGCUUCCAACGCCCCUUCAGCACCCCUGCCAACUCCCCUCUGACUAUAAAAUCACCUCUGCUCACUCUCUCUCGUCCACCUGGCAAGUCUUGAAUGCCCAGCUCGCUCCCGCUCCUACGUUUGACUCGCCCCUUAACCCGAACACGACAGCCAAAAAUCCAAUAGAUUCGGAUCCAUUCCCCGGAAGCGGCCUGAUGCUUAGCAUUGAGGGUACAUCUGGAUCAUCGGCUACGAAAGCCCUUGGGGGCACACAAGGGCAUAAUGCCGACGAGGUGGAACGGCAAACACUGGAGGAAAUGGUGGAGCUAUUCGAAACGCGGAUGAGUGAAUUGCGGAAAAUAGUUGACGCAAGUGAAUCUGGGGUGCAGGAUCGAGAGGAAGGACCUCCUGGAAAAAAUGAAGGCGAAUGA